AAGAGCUUCAGUCGUAUUAGAACACUUACUACACAUAAUAGAAUUCACACAGGUGAGAAGCUGUAUGAAUGCAUGGAGUGUGGAAAGGGCUUCACAAAUAGUGGAGCACUUACUACACAUCAAAGAACUCACUCAGGGGAAAAACCGUAUAAAUGCAUGGAGUGCGGAAAGAGCUUCAGAUGCAAAUCACACCUCAUUAUUCAUAAUAGAGUUCACACAGGUGAGAAGCCGUAUGAAUGCAUGGAGUGUGGAAAGAGCUUCAGUCAGAGUGGAGCGUUUGAAGAACAUAAAAAAAUACACACAGGCGAGAAACCGUAUAAAUGCAUGGAGUGUGGAAAGAGCUUCAGAUGCAAAUCACACCUUAUUAUUCAUAAUAGAAUUCACACAGGGGAAAAACCAUAUAAAUGCAUGGAGUGUGGAAAGGGCUUCAGUGAAAGUGGACCCCUUCGUGUACAUCAACGAACACACACAGGCAUGAAACCAUAUAAAUGCAUGGAGUGUGGAAAAAAGUUCACUCAGAGGUCACACCUUGCUUAUCAUCAAAGAACUCACACAGGAGAGAAACCAUAUAAAUGCAUGGACUGUGGAAAAAGCUUCAAAGAUAGUAGCAUACUUACUGCACAUCAACGAACGCACACAGGCAAGAAACCAUAUAAUUGCCUGGAGUGUGGAAAGAGCUUCAGUCAGGGUGGAGCACUUAUUCUUCAUCAACGAACGCACACAGGCGAGAAGCCAUAUAAGUGCAUGGAGUGUGGGAAGAACUUCUGUGAUAGUGGAAAACUUACUGUACAUAAUAGAAUUCACACCGGGGAAAAACCAUAUAAAUGCAUGGAGUGUGGAAUGAGCUUCAUCCAGAGCUCAAACCUUCGUUCCCAUCAACGAACUCACACAGGGGAGAAACCAUAUAAAUGCAUGGAGUGUGGAAAGAGCUUCACUCAGAGAUCAAGCCUUAGUUCCCAUCAAAUAACUCACACAGGGGAGAAACCAUAUAAAUGCAUGGAGUGUGGAAAGAGCUUCAGUCAGAGCAGAGGUCUUACUGUUCAUCACAGAAGUCAUACAGGAGAGAAACCUUAUAAAUGCAUGGUGUGUGGAAAGUGCUUCAGUGAUAGUAGGACACUUACUGUCCAUCGAAGAACUCAUACAGGGGAGAAACUGUAUAAAUGCAUGACAUGUGGAAAAAGCUUCAGUCGGAGCUCAAAUCUUCGCCUUAAUAGACAUCUAAAAACUCACACAGGAGAGAAACCAUAUCAAUGCAUGGAGUGUGGAAAGAGCUUCAUUUUGAGCUCACAACUUACUAGACAUCAACAAAUACAUACAGGGGUGAAACCAUAUAAAUGCAUGGAGUGUGGAAAGAGGUUCAGUGAUAGUAGAUCACUUGCUAAACAUCAAAGAACUCACACGGGAGAAACCAUAUGAAUGCAUGGAGUGUGGCAAGAGGUU